AUGGCGAACAAAAAAGUUUUCUUAAUAUUCCUAAUCUGUAUUAAUUUUUCACACGUAAAAAGUGAUAGUUUAUUCGAGAGGUCCUAUGAAUAUGUAGUUAAUUUUGGGAGGAAUGUGGCGCCGAGUAUUUUGUCGAUUCUGGAAUGUUUUGGGGAAAAUGGCGGGGACUCGUGGUUGUGUGCGCGGGAAAAGGCGGGAAAACUGUUUGACAGCUGGGACAAGGAGGUUGAGAAGCAGAGGAUGUUAUGGGCAGAAGCGGCAGAUGCUGAGGUGGUGUCAUCAGGGAGAUCCUUCGAGGAGCUACCUUCCAAGCUCGGCAGGGAGGUGGAACUGUCCCUGACUGUUGUAACAGACCUUGUAGAAAACGGGGUGGCCAGAGCAUUAGCAAGAAAGAAGCACCACGACAGCGGAGGUAUCGACAGCAUAACUAUCUCAACGUCUGACGGAGAGAAGAAGAAAAAGAUGAAGAAGAAAAAACAGAAACCGGCAAAGAUCCAUCUCAUUCAACCUGUUAUGAUGUCAAAUAAAAUGGAGGAGAAAGGUCCAAAGAGGGUCCAGUCUUGGGUUAUAGGGGACUCUGAGGGAUAUAGAAGUAAUUUAGGGGUGCAAGAGGGCUAUAGUAAUCACCAGAGGAAAAAGGCCUAUCGAAGUGUUGCAGAGGUUACGGAUCAAAGUAGUAGUAGUAUAGAUCAAGAUAGUGUUACUAGUCAUACAAAUGAUGAGAAGAGUAAUAGAAGUAAUAUUGAGGUUGCAGAUGAAACUGAAAGGGAUGGUUUUGAGAACGGGGGCUAUAAAGGGGUGAUUGUGAAAAGGGAUAGGAAAGGAAGGGGUAUUUUGACUCAAAUGUGGGAUAUAGGGCAUAAAGCAUUAGAUGCCGUAGCCGAGCAUGCAAUAGAUAGUGAAAAUAUAGAGAAUGGUCUUGAUGAUCGAAGUUCUUUUGAAGAACAAAGAGGCAAAAAGAAGAAGAAAAAGAAGGCAAUCCUGAAACUAUUGAUUCUGGGCGCCGUGCUGAAGGCGAAGAUCGGGACGCUGCUGCAAAUCCUGUCAUUUAAAUUACAGGUCAAAUUCUUCAUAAUAGCGCUGAUCGGCCUCGGAAUCAAUCUGGCGCGCUUCUGGGUCGAACUGAAGAACAAGCAUAACCAGCAACCUCAAAAGGUGAUAUAUUACGAGCACGCCCAGCAUCAGCACCACUACGAGCAUGAGGAGGAACCAGGCUGGGGGCCCCCCUGGUCCCGAAGCAUCGAACCUGAGGAAGCAGAGGCAGACUUAGAAGAUAACAUUAACACCCCGUACAGAGCGCAUCAGAAGAAGGCCGUAGUCUACCCCACCAGGCCGCUUCUAACUCUAUCUUAGUUAUUUAAUUAAUUUAAGUUGAAAAAAGUCAGUAAAAUUUUA